AUGGCUUGCCUGACAGAGGAGGUGGCCGCCGUGCUGCAGCAGACGGGCGAUGUGCUGUCAAGUCUCGUGGAGGGCUCCCACGGCUCUGCGUCUCAGAACACAGACUUGGCCCUCCCGAGCCUGUUCCGGGCUUUCCAGGGCAUCCGGGAGAGAGCAGCAGAGGACCAGUGCACGCUCGCGGUUCUGGCACUCGCCAAGUCAGGCAAAUCGACCCUAGUGAAUGCGGUGCUGGGGUCCGCUGUGCUUCCCUCCAACAACGUCCCAGAGACGGCCCGCAUCUGUGCCAUCCAGCACACACCCACCGCCCCCGGCCCCCGCCUCGCCUACCAGACGCCAGAUGGGCAGACGGUGCAGGUGGAGGGCGCAGGCGGCAUCCGGGAGCACCUGCGGCAGCUGAACGCGAUGGGACGCGACGGCCGGCAGGGCAUGGUGGCGGACGAGCAGCCGCUAUCCAUCGCCAUGCCCAUCGCCGCGCUGGCGGCCACGCCGGCCGACGCUCUGAGCAGCCGCAUCACCAUCCUCGACACCCCAGGCCCCAACGAGGCGGGCGAGGACCACCUGCGGUUCAAGGUGGAGCGGCUGAUGGAGGGGGUGGACGCUGUGCUCUACAUACUCGACUGGUCCAAGCUCAAGACCAACGAGGAGACGGCGAUGCUGCAGCGCCUGCACGAGCUCAACCCGGGCGUCGUGCGCCGCCUGUGCCACCGCUGCUUCUUCGUCGUAAACAAACUGGACCUGGCUGAGAGCUCCGAGGGCAUGGGCGGCGAGGAGACGCGGGAGUAUGUGGCGGCGCUGGUCACCAGCCAGCUCAACGUGUUCCUGGUGAGCGCCCGCGACGCGCUGCGCUCCCGCCUGGCGCUGCGCCCCGCCGCCGCCGCCGACGACCUGGACGCCUUCCGCAAGGUUGCCUUUGGCAAGCACUGGGGGCGGGUGACAGACCCAGAGACGAUCAGGGAGACGGCGGUGGAGAUGCUGGAGGCUUCGGGUCUGCCCGAGCUGGAGACGCGUGUGCUGGGCUUCCUGGGCAGACGCGCCGCGCUGCUGCACCUGGUGGCGGUGCUGGACGAUGUGGAGCGCCUGCUGGCGCAGGUGCACAACCUGGCCAGCGCCAGCGUGGCCUCGCUGCACCAGGGCGUGGCGGCGCUGUCGGCGACGGUCGGGUCGCUGCAGGGGCGGCUGGCGGCCACGCUGGCCCAGUUUGACGACGUGCGCCGGGAAGUGCAGGAGCUGGAGGGGCUGGUGGUGGACGAGGUGCGGGAGAGGAUGGGGCGGCUGCGCCACCGGCUGGUGGACCAAAUACACCAGGGCGGCGGAAGGUGA